AUGGUCCGCUUGGCGUCUCUCGUACGUGAUGUCUCGCCCCCUACACGGAAGCACGCCUCGGCCCCUGCUGUGUGCUCGUCCUCUGCUCACGAGCGAGGCCAAACCACUCCGUCGGACCUGAAGAAGUCUGAAGCCGCAGCGAUUGAGGCACACGAGAUUGUCAUACGCGAUCACCUCGCGUACUUUGUGCAGCAUCUUUCUUCUGUCUCAAGGACCAAUCCAAAGCCAAGGAUUACGAUUGAGCAGUUUGCAGAUACAUAUCAGCGCAAUCAGCAUUCCAGAGGAGCUCACUUUGUGAUUCAUCAGCAUGAUCAUCCAGUUGCUGGUGUACACUACGACCUGCGGCUACAGUUCUCGGAAACCAGCACGGUGAGCUGGGCCAUUCCAUAUGGGCUGCCAGGUAAUGCGAAUAGCCUUCGACCCAAUCGAAUGGCUAUAGAAACUCGAGUCCAUAAUCUUUGGAACAACCUUAUUGAAUCAGCAUCACAUGCCACUGGAUCACUACUCAUUUGGGACACUGGAGAAUAUGAAGUCCUAGACCGUCCGCAGCCAAGAUCCUAUAAAAACACAGAUGAUGAGCUAUCAGAUGCCGAAUCGCAGGACAUGAAGCACGAGCCUCAGCACGAGCGUCUCAUCAAAGCAUUUCAGUCUCGCCACAUUCAUCUGAGGCUGCACGGAGCUCGCUUGCCGAAGAACUACACUAUCGCAAUGCGACUUCCUUCCCAUAACGAUCGUACAGAUCAACCCAAGAAACCUGCCCGGAAGAGGAGACGCGUGGACCCGGCAAUGGCACGCAAGCCUCGCACUGCUACGAGCAGCGAUGAUGACAGUGACGCAGAAGUGGCAGUGAGCUCAAUCCAAGAAGAGAUCAUCGAAGAAGAGCAUCUCGAUGCUGCGAAUGCUUCUGAGGAUGACGAAGACACCGCUACGCGUAUGAACAACGCCUACACCGGUGCCAGCAACACGAUAGGAUCAAUUCAUCAACGACAUUGGUUCGUCUCAUUAGAUCGUCCGAACUCUGGCUUUCACAAAGCUCGGUCUGGACCCGAUAGCGGCAGGUGGGUCGGAGAUUGGGAACCCUUUUACGUGCGUGGUCGCGACCAUGAGCAUAGCAUCGUCACGGGCAGGAAUGCCGAUGAUAUCAUGGCCGACGAAGGUGUCAAGAGUUUCGUAGGGAGAAAGAUGUGGAGACCCAUAAUGGAGUGA